AACUCAGACAAGGGCUCGCUUGUUUGGUAGCUGUUGUCUGCCGCAUCCCCAUUUUGAAUCUCUCCCCCUCUUCACACCAUUCACACCCUCCCUUUCCCUCUUUAUAUAAACCUCCACAACCCUCUGCUUUCCUGCGCUUUCCCACCUUUUUUUUCUUCUUUUUCCCAGCAACCAGUCAGUGGCUUGCUAUCUGACAUGGCUGUGGCUUCCAGAGGAAGAUCGGCGACAGAGCUUCAAGUCCCGACCAAGUGGAGGGACAGAGACGCGAGCCCAGAGAGGACCAAGGUGUGGACCGAGCCUAAGGUCAAGGCGGCCGAGAAAAGGUCUGUCCCUGUUGUGUACUAUCUGUCCAGGAAUGGCCAGCUCGAGCACCCCCACUUCAUGGAGGUCCCUCUUUCCUCUCCCGAAGGUCUCCAUCUCAGAGAUGUCAUCAACCGCUUGAAUCUCCUCCGAGGCAAGGGUAUGGCUAGCAUGUACUCCUGGUCAUCCAAACGGAGCUACCGAAACGGCUUCGUUUGGCAAGACCUCGCAGAGAACGAUUUCAUAUACCCAGCGCACGGCCAAGAGUACGUUCUCAAGGGGUCGGAGCUCCUCGACCCGUGCCUGAGCAGUAAGGUCCACGAAACGGCAUCUUCGCGAUCCCUGAGGCCGCCGGAGACAGACAAGUCCGACGAGGUUCCCGAUUUCCCGGUGAUCACGCGGCGAAGAAACCAGUCGUGGAGCUCGAUCGAUCUCCACGAGUACAAGGUCUACAAGGCCGAGUCGUCCGGCGAGUCCGCCGGAAAAGCUGCCGCCGACGCGUCGACUCAGACCGAAGAAAAGCGAAGAAGGCGCAGACCAGCCAGAGAGAUAGAACAUGCAGAAGAAGAAGAACGAGAAGAACGAGAAGAGAAAGGUCAACGGGAAAUGUGUCAGAGUCAAAGCACGGAGCUGAGCAGGGACGAGAUCUCGCCUCCGCCGUCCGAUUCAAGCCCCGAAACCCUAGAAUCUCUAAUGAAGGCCGAUGGACGGCUGGUGCUCGGUUCAACUGGCGCGAAUGAGGACAAUUCGAAUCGGACGGUUGAGAUUUGUCCAAGCGGGAGGAUGAAGGCUUCGUCUGUUCUGAUGCAGUUGAUCUCGUGCGGUUCGAUCUCUUUCAAGGACUGUGGGUCCACGCCAGCGAAGGAUGAGGCGUUCUCUUUGAUUGGGCACUAUAAGGCGAGGUUGCCCCGCGGAGCAGCAAACAAUCAGGCGGGGACUUCGACGAGAAUAUCGAGUUUUAGGGGGGUGAAAUUGGAAGAUAAGGAGUAUUUUAGCGGGAGCUUGGUCGAGACGAACAAGAAAGAAGAGAUUCCAAGUCUGAAGAGGUCGUCUUCUUAUAAUGCAGAUCGGAGUUCGCAAUUGCAAUUAGCGGAAGAAGAGAGGGAGGGAGUAAGCACAAAAUGCAUACCGAGGAAACCGAAGACAGUGCCGGCGAAGAAAGAGGGUAACAACGACGGCUCUUGUAUGGCCGGCGGUAGCAGUCAACGGGGGAGCAAAAGACUCGAUGUCUAACCUCGCCAUUGUGUAUUGUAGUUUGUACUUUUGUAACCGAAAAACUAAGAACAAGAAGAGCUAGAAAGA